AUGAAGAACACGGUUGGCAGAGAAAACGAAACAACUGCGCUACGCCAACGUCAAAAGCGCAAAAGAGCUAAUGUAGCUCCCGGUAAAAGUAAAAGUGCAGCCGACCUUGCUACUGAUGACUUCACAACAGCCAAACCAAAAUCACAAACCAUACGGCGCCAACUGAAAGAGCCAGCUAAAAAAGUAGCUUCAAAUGAUGAAGUCCAGAAAAAACCCUUAAAGCAAACCUUAACGCAAACGCCAUCCAAAGAAUCCAACAAAAAGCCUUGCUUAAGGCGCCGUAAAAGUGAUUCGGAAUCAAGCGAAUGUUCAGUUGCGAUCUUUUAUAGAGAAUGUGGCUCGUCUUCCAUGUCUGAGUUUGAUGUUAUGCCUGAAGUUCAAAGAAACCAAGGCCAGCAACUUGGUGAAGACGAGAAAAGCGAAAGCGAAAAUGAUGACUUUAUCGAUGACCAGGAAGUUGAAGAUGUGUUUGAAAAAGACAUUGGAGAAGAGCAGCAAUUACCAUUAACAGAGGUUAGAACCGCGAAAAAUUCGAGAAUAAAGAAAAAACAAAAAGGAGAAAUGAAAGGUCCUCGAAAUACAAAAUUUUGUACUUUUUGGAUUCAAGUUAAGGAAUUUAAGGGCUGGCUAUCAAAGUCACAAGUUAUUAGAAAUGGAAAUGAGUAUGCAUAUUGUGAAGUAUGCAAGAUGGACAUAAUAGCACAUAGAAACGAUAUAAAACGUCACUCUCUUUCAUUAAGGCUUAAGAAAAAAAUUAGUAGCAUUGCAAGUAAUACGAAAAUUACUGAUAUGGUUGUUAAUAACCCUCUAAAUGAAAGUCCUCUUCUUGAAAAUUUGUUCCCUGACUCCAAAAUAGCCAAAAACAUUAGUUUAAAGAGAACAAAAGCCACUGCUAUGCUAAAACAGGGAUUGGGAGUUAAUUUUAGAGAGCAGCUCUUUUCCAAAAUAAGAAAACCCGGAAAUUUCUUUUCCUUUAUAGUGGAUGAAACCACAGACAGGGGAAGUAUUAAACAGUGCUGUCUGGUAAUUAUUUACUUUUGUUAUAAUGAUACUAAGGUGGUCACAGAAUUUUUUGAUUUAUUUGAGUUAGGUUCUGGAAAAGCAGCUGAUAUUUAUGCAGCAGUUAAGAAUUCCAUUAUCUCCAAAAAUAUUCCCUUUGAUAAUUUAAUAGGCUUCUCUGCCGAUACAUGCAAUGUCAUGUUUGGGGAGUAUAAUUCAGUCUAUUUACUUCUAAAAAAGGAUUUACCCCAUUCUGUGUCUAUUAAAUGCUCAUGUCAUUCCAUUCAUCUGGCCAGUUCAUAUGCCUGCCGUAAACUUCCUAGAUCUGUAGAAGAUCUGCUUCGGAAUAUAGGAUCUCAUUUUGGAAGAAGCUUUAGUAGACAGGAGAAGUUUCGAGAGUUUCAAUUGUUUUUUAAGGUAGCAGUUCACAAGAUAUUAUCUCCAGCAAUAACAAGGUGGCUAUCUUUAAAAGCAUGUGUUGAUAGGGUGCUAGAGCAAUAUGAUGCUCUAGAAGCCUAUCUGCGUGUUUUGUGCGUAGAAGAUCCAUCAAGAACAAAUGAUGAUAUGUUACAUACCAUGACAAACAAGUUUACGAAAAUGUACUUGGAGUUUAUGUCGUAUACGUUGGGUAUUUUGACAGAAUAUAACACUUUAUUUCAGUCAGAAUCUCCCCUCUUACAUAACCUAAAGCCAGAGACUGAAAAACUGUUAAAAGAUAUUUGCAGUAAUUUUUUGAAUAUGCAAUAUAUUCGAAAUAAUAAUGUAUUUACUUUAGACCAUACAAAUCCCUGACAUUUUGUACCCCUAAAACAAGUGUACAUAGGGAUA